ACGAAACCCAGCAAUAGCUGGGGGCGUGUAAGUGAUAAACCAGUAACUAAGAAGCGCAUACUAUUACUGUGAUUACUGUAAUGUCAUUAUGGUAAUACAUGUGAAGUAGAAAAUGGUAAUAGUUUAAGAAUUUUUUUUGCUCAAGAAAAAAAAUUGGACAACACACAUGAAACUUCCUUGUCUAAUUUUGAUUUUUAUAAUCGUUGACGCUGAACAUCACCUGUUCUCCAGACUACAGCGUGUAGCCGAUACAGGCCACAGUGCGUAUACACUAAGUUCAAACACAGCCUCGAACCAUGGUGUAUGUGGGAAGAAUUGCAAAAGUGAGGACUGUCUCUCUUUCUCGUACACGGCGGCUGACAAAAGGUGUGAAACUUACUCUCGCUCAAUUGGAGGGAAGACGGAUGUUGGCUUAUCUAUGUCAACAAUGUACUUCGCUAAAGUUUUCAGCAGCUGUUCAGAGGUACCGCAGAAACAUCCGUCAGGCAUCUACCGUAUAGGAACAAGAAAAGGGAUCGGUGUCGACAUGUUCUGUGAAAUGGACACUGCCGAGGGGCCAUGGAUGGUGAUACAGAGAAGAACAAAAGGAGAUGUCGAUUUCUAUCGUGGCUGGAAUGACUACAAGUACGGUUUCGGAGAUCUGCUCGGAGAUUUCUGGAUUGGUAACGAAAACCUUCACCUUCUGACAAACAUUUCACGGACUUUACGUGUGGAGCUAGAGGGCUGGGACGGGACAAGAGGAUACGCCCAGUACUCUAUUUUCCGGGUCUCGCACGAAGAUCAGAAUUACAAACUAAACGUGAAUGGUUUCACCGGCAACGUGUCAUUUAAUGCGAUAACCGGAAACAACGACCAAUCCUUCACCACUUACGACCGAGAUAACGACCAAUCGGAUACUUCAAACUGUGCCGAGUAUCGUCACUCCGGUUGGUGGUUCCGUGACUGUACCCGGGUUAACCUGAACGGCCGGUACCAGUCACACAGAGUAGAUCUCCGACAAGCCAUGACCUGGGCCAACUUCCCUGACGAUCAGAUAUACUUUUCUCCAUUAAAAACGACCACGAUGAAGAUUCGAUAGGUACAACUGUGUCAGAUUUAUUGUUUGUUUAAGUGAUUUUAUUUUAAUCACCAUAUGAUAGGCUUGUGGUGUUGCGCGUGUUAACGAGUUUCAUGUGUUGUAUUUAAGACUCUGAUAGUGCGAAAAUUAACACCGCAACCAAACAACUUGUACAUAGGAAAAGCUUGCAUAUAAGCGAUGUAUUGGGCCACUUUUUACCUGAGUUACAGAACGAAUAACAGAAUAAAUAUUGUUUUGACCAGUAUUUCAACGUUCAACAAACAUUGUAAAGGAAUUUUAAUCAUCUUGAUAUUUAAAAUGUUACUACAUUAUCUAUAUGCCCGUCAUACCCUAGCCGGUACGGCAAAAAAUGUUGGGACAGUUUUAAGACGGCGCCGGAUUCAGGGACUCAAAGGUGAGCUUUCGAAUAUAGUUGAUCAUUUUCUUUUUAUCAUAAGUUAACCCUUAAAGGAGAGUUGAUUUUUAAGCUAUAAGAGUUGUACAGAAUGCCGAUAUUUGACAAUAAAUGUGAUAUUUUACAAAAUCAG